UGGGCGGAGCUGAGGUCUCCUUGAGUCCCCGUGCCGCGGCCUAGUCAGUUUGACCCGGCCUCGGGCGCCAUGGGCGGCGGUGAGAGCGUUCCCCGGAGGGUCACCUUCGAGGCGGACGAAAACGACAACAUCACGGUGGUGAAGGGCAUCCGGCUCUCCGAAAAUGUCAUCGAGCGGAUGAAAGAGCCGUCUUCCCCCGGCGGAAAGUCUCAGAAGAAAUUCGGGUCUAGCAAUCAUACCUCCAUCGGUGGAGCUGCAGUCAAUGAAGAAGAACUAAAGAAAAGAAUAGCUGAAGAAUUGGCCUUGGAACAAGCUAGGCGAGAGGCUGAAGCUCAGAAAAGAUCAAAACAAAACCAAUUGUCCCUCCAAGAUGAAGUGGCUAAAGCCCUUGACCGGGAGAGGACUGCGUCCAGCGAGCAUUUGGCUAGGGCUGUUCUGCGCGAGAGAGUUUCAGCCGAAGAUGAACGCAUGAAGACACAGCUACUGGAAAUGGAAUGCAAGGCCAAACAGCUAGAAGAAAAGGAAAAGGAGCUGAAGAAGCACGAGACUUACUACAAGGAGCAGCUGAACCGCCUGGAAGAGAGGAGCUCACAAUUCUACAAAGUCACCACAGAACAAUACGAGAAAGCUGUGAACGAGGUCAAAUCCCGAUUCAAGCGAUACAAGGCUGACCCCGUGUGUGUCGAUCUCCAGAACCAGAUCUUCCAGUGCUAUCAGCUGAACCCAAAGGAGACCCUCAGCUGCUCAGCUUUGGCCGCCGAAUACUUCAAGUGUGUCCAGCACGCUCGGCAGUGCAAUGCUGGCCGGGGAGGCUAACAUCUGCAGCGCACGGAGCAUCCUUCCCUCCGCUCCAAUUCUAGCAGCUGGAAGGAUGGGGAGGCGAGGCGGGUUAUUCCGGAACGAUCCAGCACCCCGUUUACAGCACAGGCGGAAAGUGCACCAUCUCCAGAAGACCCAGAUCGACAGUCGCGGGCACGGCGGCUUCGGCAUCACCGCCACCACGUUCAUCUCAUUAGGCUAGGAACGACAUAACGCAUAACCCACUUAGUAGUAAUUGAAGGGAAGAGAAGAUCAAACCUCACCUGGCCAUUAGGACAGAGGUGUCCAGCCUCGGUAACUUUAAUACCUGUGGACUUCAAUUCCCAGAAUUCCCCAGCCAGCCAUGCUGGCUGGGGAAUUCUGGGAGUUGAAGUCCACAAAUUUUAAAAUUGACAAAGUUGGAUACCCCUGCCUUAGGAAAAGAUCUCUCCCCCCGCCCUAAAAUCUCGUACUUUUCAUUGCACCUACCCACCUUCCAAAUUUCCAUAGCGUCCUUUUGCAUCAUGGCGGAAAGGUGCGGUUUAAUUUAUUGCCGGACGACCGUCUUUGUCGCUCCGAAUCUCGGUCUUGCGCUGGGGAUCGUGUCUCCGAAACCUCCGCGGCGCAGAAAGUCCCUUGAUUUUGCAAAUCAUGAUUAAGGCGGCUGGUUACAUCCCUGUACGUACCAGCAGGCUGAAAACCCAAGUUACUGACAAUUAUGUAUCCGUAAUAAAAAGGCGUUUUCUUUUUGCAAACGGG